UAUGUGGGGGCUGAAGCUGAAACAGGCUGGUAAUGGAAGUUGCAAUUGGCAGUUUGCUGCUCCACUGGUACGAGUUAUACUGGGACAGCGCUUGUUCACCGCACCUGCUACUCUGAGCAAUCUACCUAAAGCCAACGACUUUGAGAACUUUUUGGUCAUGAGCAUCUGUCGUAUGCGCCCACCUAUCUUAAGGGAAUCUCUUGGCAAAGAACGUUUGAAUUCAAGACUGUAUGAAAGGUCGUGGCAAAUGGAAUGGUACAGGGCUGCAUCCACAGUUGUACCAGCAAUGGCCACCAUUAGCCCUGAUGUUGGUCCUAUAUUUGGCUCAACUGGAUUCUUAGACUUUUAUGUCAAUAGUGGACUUGAUGGAGGAACAUAUGAAGAGAUUCCUCUUAAGCACUGGGCCAUCAUUGACUUCCGUCACAUAUCUAAGAAACUGCAAAAGACCAAACCCAAUUUUUGGCAUGUGCUGUAUGAUAACAGCUAUAGUGAGGUGGAAAUCAGGUGUGAAAACCUUCCUAAUAUGCAUGUAAAAUUGGGAGAAGGCCUUGACAUAACUUUGGAUGACACUGAUCUGACUCUAUAA